AUGGCCUGUUAUGUUAAUGCGUCUGACUUUUGUUACAAAACUACUGACUCAAUGGACUUGGAGGAAGGUGCUAUGGUUGAGCCACUAUUCGUUGUAGUCGCAAUUGCUAAGACCAUUGACUUGCGGGCCCAUCAAGCCGUAGUAGUCAUGGGAUGCGGGCCAAUCAUAAUCCUUCCCCAAGCCGUUGCGCGGACCGAUGGUGCUCAGAAAGUGAUCGUUAUUGACGUGGUUCAAUCCAGGUUAGAUCUUGCUCAAGGAUACGGUGCCGACGGAACUUAUUUGCUUCCGCGGGCUGGACCAGUUGUUGACUCAAUAGACCAUGCCGAGAACACUGCCGGUGAGAUUAAAAAGAUGAUGGACUUGGGCGAAGGUGCCGAAGUUAUCUGGAAUACUCGGGAGCGGAAGCAUGGAUUGGUUAUCAUAGGAUCUACCAGAUAUUCAGCUGAAUGCUACCCCGCAGCCAUUGAUCUUAUUGCUAGUGGCAAGGUUGAUGUCAAGAAGCUGAUUACAAACAGGUUCAAAGUCGAGCAGACCGAAGACACGUUCGAACUGGUCAAGAAAGGUAGACAAGAUGUCUUCGAAUUUAUAAUUGCAGGUGUUUAA